AUGUCGUUCAGAACACAUAGAAGGCCUGUAACACAAAAUUCAAAGGACAGAUAUGACGAAUUAGCCAGUGAAUACUGGGAAUUAAAAAACACAGAAUGGACAGAUCAAGAAAAGCGAUAUCUUCAAGCAUUAGAAGAAUUAAAAGGAUUAAAAGAUGGUUGGGAUUCAAUGUUUAUGGAUGGUGAAGAUCAAGUAUCUGACCUUCUAGAAAAAUUACCUUCAGACAAUGAAGAACUUUAUCAAAAAUAUUUAAAUCUAAAAAGACAACAGCAUAAUCUCCGCGAACUCAAGAAAACAUAUGAUGAAGCUAUUGCUCGAGAAAAAGCUCACACUGGAAAUAAUUACAAUAAUGGGCCUACUCAGACUUAUUCCACAAGAUUUUAG